AUGGCUCGCAUCACGGCAUCCGUCCUCAUCGCCGCCGGCUUGGCCCUCACCGCCAACGCGCAAGCGCCGGUCUGGGGACAAUGUGGAGGGACAGGAUGGACGGGCUCGACUAGCUGCGCUUCUGGAGCGUAUUGCUCCUCCCAGAAUGCUUGGUACUACCAAUGCGUUCCCGGAACGGCGCCGGCCGUCUCCUCCACCAAAGCCACCAGCGUCCCGGCCUCAACUACCAGCCGCGCUGUGACGACUACCACAUCCGUCCGCUCCACCUCUUCCUCCCGCGCCCCGACGUCAACGGCCACCUCCGUCCCGUCUCCAUCCGGGCCAAAGUACUUCAUCACCUUCGGAGACUCCUACUCCCAAACAGGCUUCAACAUCAACUCCACAAAACCCAACCCCCAAAACCCCCUCGGCAACCCAGACCUGCCCGGCUGGACCGCCUCAGGCGGCCUCGACUGGGUCGGCUUCAUGGUCACCCAGUUCAACGCCUCCCUGACCUACUCCUACAACCUAGCCUACGGCGGCGCCACCACGGACGCGAGUCUCAUCGCGCCUUACGCCACCACGGUGCUCAGCUUCAUCGACCAGGUGGCCGAAUUCUCGCGCAGUCUGGCGUCCAAGCCGAGCUGGGCGCCGUGGACGGCGGAUAAUACCCUCGUCGGCGUGUGGAUGGGCGUCAAUGAUGUGGGAAACGCGUUUUGGCUUUCGAAUCGGGAGGCGUUGUUGGUUCAGGUUCUGGGGCGGUAUUUUGACCAGUUGCAGAUUUUGUAUGAUGCUGGAGUGAGAAAGUUUGUGUUGCUUGGUGUUCCGCCAACACAAAAGACCCCGCUUAUGCUCGCCAACAGCGCCGACUCCAACGCCCAACUCGCAGCUGCGAUUAAGCAGUAUAACGACCUCAUCACCAGCAACCUCGCCGCCUUCAAGGCCAAGAAUUCCGGCAUCACGUCCUGGGUCGUCGAUACCACGCCCGCGUUUGACAAGGCCAUCAACAACCCGACUGCCUACGGCGCUCCCGACGCCACGUGCUACAAUGCUGAUGGUGUCAGUUGCUUGUGGUUCAACGACUACCACCCUGGCGUGCAGAUCCAGAAGCUUGUGGCGCAAGCUGUUGCGGCGGCUGUUGGUGCGCCGUGGUUUACUUUUGUCUAG